AUGUUGCGAUACAUCAGAAAGAAGUUGUUUGUGAGUCAAAAGAAGCAAAGAAAGUCACGAAAACAUGUGAGGGCUGGCAAACAGGGCCGCUAUAAGGCGUCGAGUGGCAGGCGAUCCGCAUUUUCCGAUGAGUUUAGCGGAUCCGAGUAUAUGCCCCGAGACAUAGAGGUCGCCAAGUGGGUGCUCGGCGUUCAACCCGUACCCAAACCGGGAUUCACACCCAACCAUCCCAGACCUCUCUCACCAAUUGGUCCCCUCAGAAGACCUGUCUAUUCCCGGAGUCCUCCACUCACUCAACCGCCAACUCCUGUGCGCUCGUCUUCACGAAUGGCUUUCCAAAGGAUACAAAACCUGAGUUAUCCUCUGAACCAAAAUCAAGUGCGACUUCAGACUAAUUCACUGCAAAGAACCGCUAAAAUACGUGUCAAUAAAUACAGUGAUCACAGAAAGAGUCCGUUAAAUACAACGACUGAUAAAUCGCAGACAAACAAAAAUAAGAGCAAAAAAAGUGUUGCAAACAAAAAGAGUCCAAAACGUAAGGCUAAGAGUGAUAAGAGUGGUUCAAAGAGUAGGCGCUCCCAUUCUAGGGACAGGUCGUUGUCCAGAAGACGACAGGGAGGUGAACGGGUGGGCUGGGAGUACCAGAAUGUAUCGCUCACUAGAGUUCCCGGAUAUGGAUUUGGUAUAGCCGUGAGUGGAGGUCGAGAUAAUCCACACUUUAUUAACGGCGAGCCAUCGAUUGCAAUAUCGGAUGUGCUUAAAGCAGGUCCGGCCGAAGGGAAGUUACAGGUUAACGAUAGAGUGAUGAGUGCUAACGGCGUCUCCUUAGAGAAUGUCGACUACACGACUGCAGUACAGGUUCUUCGCGAGUGUGGAAAUACUGUCAACUUAUUGAUCAAAAGGAGGACUUUAUUACCAAACAGUGAUUUACUGAAAGUAACGCUCACUAAAAGCAACAAAAAAGAUGACUUCGGAAUAGUUCUCGGCUGCAAGUUCUUCAUUAAAGAGAUCACAAAUCGUAAUCUUAUUGACAAAGAAUCGUCUUUACAAGAGGGGGAUAUCAUCGUUAAAAUAAACACUACGAGUACUGAGAACUUGAAUCUAAAAGAGGCUAAAAAGUUGAUUGAAAACAGCAAAGAAAAACUGAAUUUAGUUAUAAAUCGCGAACAAAAUGUUAAUAACAGUCGACAAAAUGAAAAUAUUAACGGCUAUUCCAAUGGGCAGUCCAGAUAUUCGACCGCUAAUCUCUACGAUAACGCCAUUGCCAUCAAAGACCAAACUACUUAUGAUAACAUUCAGAGCACUAACAGAUCCAAUUGGAGUAAUCAGAAUGUCUACGUCCAGCCGCCCACUAGAGGAGAUUUUGGCCAAACGUCAGACGAAAAGAAUAAUUUAUUGAUGCAAUCGCAGGGACCCUCUGGAAGGAAUAGAGGGCCCAUAUCUGACAUAUCACUGCAACAACUGGACCAACCGGCCACUCCUCUCCUUACCACCCAUUCCAGAGAUCCUUCGCUUCCAAACGAUUCAGAUCCUCCCCCACGGCCGCCACCGCCCCGACCCAACACCUAUGAUGACGACCCACUGUCCCGUCGGAAACAGCAAAUCGGUGUCAUAUGUGAGCCCCGAUUCAUAUCAUUCCAAAAGGAUGGAAGUGUUGGCAUAAGACUGACGGGAGGUAACGAAGUGGGCAUUUUCGUGACGGCAGUACAGCCGGGAAGUCCUGCAUCGUUGCAAGGCUUACAAUCGGGGGAUAAGAUAUUGAAAGCCAACAAAAAAGACAUGAGAGGAGUGACACGAGAGGACGCGGUUCUCUUUCUUCUCAGUCUUCAGGAACAGAUAGAUCUUGUGGUCCAAAACCGAAAGGAGGAAUACGACGAAAUCGUUGCCAACCAAAAGGGCGACUCUUUCUAUAUUAGAGUUCACUUCACUUACGACAGCGCCGGCAAAGGGGAGCUGUCUUUCCACGUCGGAGAAGUGUUUCAUGUGAUCGACACUCUGUUCAACGGAGUGGUUGGUUCGUGGCUUGUCUAUAGACUCGGUCGCAACAAUCAAGAGAUCCAAAAGGGAUCCGUUCCUAACAGAAACAGAGCUGAAGAGUUGGCCGCCGAGCAUAACACAGAAAAGGCUAAAAAGAUGGACACGUCUACGGGUGAAAGGAGGGGCAGUUUCUUCAAGAGGAGAAGCGCCCGAAGAUCUAAAUCUCUGAGCAAAGAUCACUGGGAGGAUGUGGUGUUCGGCGAUAGUCUCUCAAAAUUUGCAGCCUAUGAAAGGGUAACCCUUAAACAUCCCGGUUUCAUUCGGCCAGUCGUCCUGUUUGGCCCACUGGCAGACGUGGCGCGAGAGAAGCUAAUGAAGGACUAUCCCGACAAAUAUGGUUUCCCACAACUGGACACUAAUAUGGAAGACGUGCCCAAAAGCUCCAAAUUCAAUGGUAUUGUAAGACUUAGUGCUAUCCGAGAGAUUGUGGACAAAGGAAAACACGCGUUGCUGGACAUCACUCCCAGUGCUGUCGAUCGUCUGAAUUACGCCCAGUUUUAUCCGAUCGUAAUCUUCAUGAGAGCUGAAAACAAGUCUGUUGUGAAGGAAAUGAGAUCCCGUUCCUCGAAAUCGAUUCACAAGAGUUCGCGUAAACUUUACGAACAGUCGGUGAAACUGGAAAAACUUUGGUCCCAUGUAUUCACGGCUACAGUCACUCUGACCAACGCUGACAUGUGGUAUAAGAAGUUACGCGAAACUAUUGACAAACAACAGCAACAGAGCAUUUGGAUCGCAGAAUCCAAACCAGAAGAAGUCAUUGGAGACGACUUCUUAUUCCCAAUGACAUCCCGAUUGAGUUACGCCUCAUCUCCUGAAAGUGAUCUCGAUUUGGCCAAUGAUUCCCGACUGGACAACGAGGACGACACCUCUCAUCGGUUGGUCAAAGCGUCCAGUGAUCCCAGUAUUGCCACCGCAGAUGAGAAUCCCAUUGCAAUGAAUAGCUUUGGAUAUCCUCCGCCUUAUAGUCAACGGCCAAACAAACAGCUUCCGCUUCACAUUCUCUUACGAAAGGAACUCUCAAAGGCGUUGACAAAUGAGGCAAAGUCUAAGUCUUCAGCACACACUGCAAAUGCCAACCCCUCUAACCCCUCCACUGCCAUAAGCGAUGCCGAUAGAGAUGAUUAUUUUGGGAGUCCAAAGGAUUCUUCGGCUUAUAAUACGUUAAAAGCAGGAGAAAGAUAUCCACCGCCCGGUCCUUCAAACGAGAAUAUUUAUGGUACAAAGACAGGUCCCGAACCCCCGCCCAGAGUGGACAGGCUCAGUAAGCCCUCCCGAUUCAGGAGCGCUCACGAGAGGCUCUUCGGUAGACGUGAGCGGGAGUCCUAUACCGCACCCGACUAUAUCAACACUACAUCCCCGCCCGCUCCUGUCCCUCAGUCUCAGAAAUGCGAUUCAUUGGACAGACCGGCGAUGACUAAUGGCAGACAUAUUAGUGGUGCCUUUGGAGACAGUUCUUCAUAUAGUAGUGACUCGUAUAACAAAUACGGCAGUCCUUCGAGUACUCUCGACAACAAACAGCGCUAUAACUCUAUUUCAUCGAAUGGAAGGCCAGCCCACGAUCCCUACCGGUUCACCAGAAGUACGGCUAUGAAUCAUAUCCAGAAUCAAAUGAAGCCUCAGAGCCCCGAAAGAGCUGUCAAACCAACGACAACACCUACUAAAUACGUGGAGCCCUUACCAAACAGACCUGUCCCACCAUCACCACCACCUAAGCCUUCAAAUAAAUAUCAUUCUCGUAUGACUGAUGGCCGACCCGUCCCACCGCCAAAGCCUUCUCACUAUCAGUCGAGGCCCUGGAGUAAUGAUAACGACGCCAACGACACAAAUAUGAGUCAAAUGCCAUCCAAUUUGCAAACCAAUGGAUUCGGUUAUUCUCCGGUAUAUCAACAGACGAAGCGCUCCACUCAUCCCAACCUCGAGUCUAACGGUCCGCCCGCCUAUUACUCCUCAAUGACAUCAAAAGACUUUCCGUCAAACAUGAGAGCACCGGCACUGUCUAAUGGGAACGGAGAGGUCAAUAACAAUCUGUACGCCGAACAGUCCUCUUUUGGAUCUCCUAUUAGAAAGGGUCCGUAUUCUGAUACUGACAGCAGUGGUUACAUGACCUCCAAAACCAAUUAUGAGAUGCGCUCUCCUUAUAAUUCAUUUGCCAAAACCAAUUCAUCGCCAAUUAAAGACAAUUACGCCACAAACGGGCCGUAUCUCAAUGUCCCGUAUCCGCCAAAACAUUCGCGUACCUCAACCUUCACAUCCCAACCACAACCCCCGCCCCCACAGACCCUACAACCGCCGCCCAGUAUUCUUGAUUUGUCCACAAAUCGUGAACAUAGAGGCAGUGCUUUUGAACUCUACCGCAAACCCACGGAAUCGACGAGUCGAUCAAAUCUUCACAGUUUCGGACACCACGGCCUCCCACCACCUCCUCCUCCCCUCGUUAAUAGUGAGCACAACGAUCGUUUGUCCACUUCUUCGGUCGACAGCAAUCACACGAUUAUUGCGACCGCGAAAGGAGUCUUCACUAGUGAUGGAGGGAUAUUGACUUCAGAGGAGACGGGUGUCAGUGUUAUUAUACCUAUGGGUGCUAUUCCCAAGGAUAGUGAACAGGAAAUAUACUUCAAAGUAUGUCAGGACAUGAAAAUGGCGCCGCCGUUGGACUCGGAAAAGGGCGAGACUUUGAUGAGUCCUAUAGUGAUGUGUGGACCACACGGACUGCGCUUUGAAGUGCCCGUUGAGUUACGACUCCCGCACUGCGCUUCUGUAAACCCCGAGGGC